AUGGCGACAAAUCCUUCGGCGGCACAGUCAAACCAGGGGAGUUUGGCGGCUUCAACUCCGGCUGUCCCUCCUGGAUGGUCUAUGGCCAGGACUGUCAUCGGCUACCCAAGACUCGGCACCUAUAUGGGCUUGAUACCGGAGGUUGCUAUCCUUCGUCGGUUUGGCGACCUGAACGCUCAGAAUCUCCUCUAUCUCCAGGCCGAAAUCGUGCAUCUGGAGCGGGAGCUCCGAGAAUUGGAGUUGGCGGACAGCCUGAGCACUAUCGGUCGAAAGCCGCAGUACGCGGUGGAUUGGUUCUGGCUCAGCCGGUCAGAAUUGGACGGAGAUCAAAAGCAGUGGAACAAGUUUUGCAAUAUUCGAGAGAAGCUCCGGGAGUACAAUGAAGCCAUCAUCCAACAAGCGACCAUCGCAGCCUUACCAGAGCCCAGUGCCUACGAUCUGAAUGACAUACAGAGAUAUCUGGCGGCGCCUGAAAUGGGGCGGCAGGCAUUUCGAGGUGCAGAUCAAUAUAUCUGGGGUUCGACCGUGGACUCGACAGGCCACGCACCCGAUUUAAUCUCACUCCGAGGGCGGCAUAGCGAGGACCCCUUUUCCAAAUGGGUCACAGAGAAAUUCACACUCAGAGUUUUUCAAUGCUUCGGAUAUAAGUUCAAGAAAAUCCAUCCACGUUACGGCGUGGUCGUAUGCGAAGAUAGCAAGAUUCUUGCGUGGACUCGUCUGAUCUCCAGUGUUGUUGCGUCUCUUCUCCCAGUCGCUUCCAUUAUUCUCCUCCAUACCAUGCAGUCGAUGGCAGCACGGCUAGCCAUAAUCGCGACGUUCAACGUCGUCUUCUCGGUGUUGCUAUGCCAGAUUACCACUGCUAAAGGCGGCGAGAUCUUUGCCGCCACAGCCGCGUAA